ACUGAUUAAAAUUCGAGACAGUGAUGUGAGUCAUAAGUUCAACUAGUCACUCUGCUGAAAGUGCUGAGACCAACAGUUUAAAUCCACCAUUUUAAGCACUUGUAACUUCCAACGUUCAUCUUCGACUAAAAGUGAUAAACAAAAAAUUUGUUGAACAUGAAGUUUUUGCUAUCAAUCUACCCUGCAUCAGUGUUGUGUUUAUUGUUCGUUUGUAGCACUGCGGAUGAUGAUAAGAAUGGUUUACAAAGAGUACAAAGCAAAAUUUGCGAAUGCAUAAAUUACGAUUGUGGCUGCUGUGCACAGUUAUAUGUUAGAGACAUUAUCGACGGGAGAUUGUGCGCUAACUUUUCGUAUUUAUCCGAAGAAAUCGGCGCUUCUGCAACCGUGACUUACAACAAUUUAGUCAUUAUCAAUGAAACUAUUUCCGCCAGAAAUCCACCGAGGCUCUGUAUACUCCACAUAGAUGAAAUAAAAAUGCACAUUUGCUUGCGCUUGUACAACAUGAACUAUACCAACGGUUUGUCAGGUUGUGCAGAAUUUGAUAUCGAAUUUUUCCAUAUUAUACCUCUAAAAAAAAUCAAUCUUGGAUGCUUUGGCCACCACUCAAGGUAUAUUUGGAAUUCUAUUUUGAAUACAUUUUACAUCAAAGAUAAGUCAGAGCAGCAUAACAAACAACCAAAUGUUGUAUUAAUAUAAGAAGCUAUUACUUUUCAU